AAAGCUUCGUCAACGCAGGCGGCUGGCCGCUUCCAAAAAAUAAUAUUAGUACAUUUUUUUAUAAAAUAAAUAUAAUUAAUUCUGUUAAAAAAGAUAAUGGCUCGGUUGAUUUCGGGAGUCCGCACUUUAUUCCGUCGAUAUCCGUUCGUGACGAAUAGCGCCAUCUAUGGGAGUUUGUAUGUGGGUGCCGAAUACUCGCAACAAUUUGUGUCCAAACGCUGGCUCGCCCCGGCGGACGAGCGCAAGGAUAUCGAUUAUGCAACAAUAGGAAGAUAUGCUGUGAUGGGAACUGCCGUUUAUGCCCCAACACUUUACUUUUGGUACAAAUGGUUGGACCGAGUUCUUCCUGGAACUGCCAAAAUCGUAAUAGUUAAAAAAUUGGUACUGGAUCAGUUUGUAUUAACGCCAUAUCUAUUGACUGUGUUUUAUGCAGGGAUGUCCAUCAUGGAAGGAUCAGAAGACACUUUCCUAGAACUACGAGAGAAGUUCGUGCCGACUUUUGUGCGUUCCUGUAUUUUCUGGCUGCCCGCUCAGGCAUUGAACUUCUCACUGGUGGCUCCUCGAUUCCGAGUCAUCUAUAUGGGCGUUUGCGGUCUGAUCUGGGUGAAUAUUCUGUGCUGGACCAAGAGGCAGACUCUACCGGUGGCCACGAAAGCAACUGCAAAUGAAAACAGAGGAACCGUAGCUUCCAUUACUAAUUCCGAGUCUUGAGAUUUGUUUGUAAAGAGUAUAUAUGUAUAUAGUCUUAGAUAGGUUUUGACAAUGGAUUGGCAAAUAAAGACAGACGUGGAGAUACGA